AUGGCGGUUAGAUCACGCAGAGUGAUGCACAUGUCUCCGUGUAACUUCAUCAUGGAGCAGGCUGGCGCUGACAUCUCGCCUCCAGCUCUUCCCUCCUGGAAGCCCAGCGCCAUGCAGGAUCCACCCCGGAGGCUCUCUGCUGUGCCAUUCCUCAGCUCCUUUUUCCAGGGCCGACGACACUCUGCCUCCGACCCCAUCCUGCGACUGCAGCAGGGGCGGCGCAGCUCCACUGCCAAGAUGCUCUCCUCAUCCUCUCUCCAGGUGAUGGUGGCCAUGUCCUCUGUCAGCUGUGCUGAGAGAAACCCAACUUGCCCCAAGAGAAAAAGAAAUUCAGGACGUCCAACACCAAAGUAUACAAAAGUUGGAGAGCGUUUACGGCAUGUCAUUCCUGGACAUAUGGCCUGUUCCAUGGCAUGUGGUGGCAAAGCUUGCAAGUAUGAAAAUGCAGCCCGCUGGAGUGAACAGGAGCAAGCUAUUAAGGGGGUCUACUCGUCCUGGGUCACUGAUAAUAUCCUGGCCAUGGCACGCCCGUCCACUGAGCUCCUCGAGAAGUACUGCAUCAUCGAGCAGUUCCGAAGCCAUGGCAUAAAAAGUAUCAUCAACCUGCAGCGUCCUGGUGAGCAUGCCAGCUGUGGGAACCCGCUGGAACAAGAAAGUGGCUUCACAUACCUUCCUGAAGCUUUCAUGGAGGCUGGCAUUUAUUUCUACAAUUUUGGAUGGAAGGAUUAUGGUGUAGCAUCCCUUACCACCAUCUUAGAUAUGGUGAAGGUGAUGACAUUUGCCUUACAAGAAGGAAAAGUAGCUAUCCAUUGUCAUGCAGGGCUUGGUCGAACAGGUGUUUUAAUAGCAUGUUACUUAGUUUUUGCAACAAGAAUGACUGCUGACCAAGCAAUUAUAUUUGUUCGGGCAAAGCGACCUAAUUCCAUACAAACCCGAGGACAGCUACUAUGUGUAAGGGAAUUUACUCAGUUUCUGAUCCCUCUUCGCAAUAUAUUCUCUUGCUGUGACCCCAAGGCACAUGCUGUCACCUUAGCACAGUAUCUCAUUCGUCAGCGGCAUCUGCUUCAUGGCUAUGAGGCACGACUUCUGAAACAUGUACCCAAAAUUAUCCAUCUCGUGUGCAAAUUGUUGCUGGACUUAGCUGAGAACAGGCCAGUAGUGACGGAAGAAGUGGCAGAAGUACCUGGCCUCUCUGCUGAAAUUGAAAAGACUGUUUCUGAGAUGGUCACAAUGCAGCUGGAUAAAGAGUUACUGAGACAUGACAGUGAUGCAUCGGACUCUUUCACCCCCAAUGCAGUGGUGGCAGAUUUUGAGAAUCAGGAUGUGAUUCUUUCCAGUGAGCAAGAGUUUGACCCUCUUUGGAAGAGGCGGAAUGUUGAGUGCCUUCAGCCCCUGACUCGUCUGAAAAGGCAGCUCAGCUACAGUGACUCAGACUUAAAGAGAGCCGAGUCACUUCUGGAGCAAGGGAGGACUCCGUGGACAGUGCCUGCCCAGGCCUUGCUUUGCCAUAACCCCAGGCAGCAGAAGCACAUAAGCCAUUGUUACUCCCCACAGUCUCCACAGCUAGAUUUAAAUAAGGAAACGCUGGUCCGCAAUACAUUUUCUUUCUGGAAUCACGCUAAAUUUGGAGGCCUGGAAGGACUCAAAGAUGACAGGUCAUCAAUUUUCCAUAGGACGAACAUUCCAAAGGAAGUACAGCGAAGUAGAACCUUCUCUUCAGGUAUUUCAGGUUCAUACAACCCUGGGGAACCAGUUACACCAAACUUUGCAAAUAUCCCUAAGGAACUAAACUGUUCUCACCAGCAAGUGUCCCACUGUGAGUGUGAAACUCAUGGUGGUUGUGGCCCAAGCUCCGUUGCGGAGGACAGUGAGACUUGCCGCCGCCCUGUGGACUGUGCGUCCAGUCCCAAAGCACAGUUCUUGGUUGGACCUGAAACCCGGGAUAGCAAAUAUCUGUCUGAAGUUGCUCCAUACACGGCUUUACAGUCUGACUUGAGUGUUGAAGCAAGGAGAAUACUGGCAGCCAAAGCCCUGGCAAAUUUAAAUGAGAUUGCAGAAAAGGAGGAAGUGAAGAAGAAGGUAGAAAUGUGGCAGAAAGAACUAAAUUCCCGAGAUGGAGCUUGGGAAAGAAUAUGUGGCGAAAGGGAUCCUUUCAUCCUGUGCAGUUUGAUGUGGUCUUGGGUGGAGCAGCUGAAGGAGCCUGUGAUAACCAAAGAGGACGUGGACAUGUUGGUUGACAGAUCUGCGGAUGCCGCAGAAGCACUGUUUUUAUUAGAGAAGGGCCAGCAACAGACUAUUCUUUGCGUGUUGCAUUGCAUAGUGAGCCUGCAGGUGAUUCCUGCCAACGUGGAGGAAGCCGUUCUUGCACGUGCCAUUAAAGCCUUCACUAAGGUUAAUUUUGAUUCUGAAAAUGGACCAAUAGUUUACAACACCCUGAAGAAAAUAUUUAAGAACACACUGGAAGAAAAAAGAAAAAUGACAAAAGAUGGCCCUAAGCCUGGCAUUUAGUGAAGCUGACUUUCCCCUCGUGAAUAUUUCAGACCUGAAGAUCUAGAUGGCAUUUCUGCUCAUAGCUGAACAAGCUGAAAUGUGGAACUGCUU